ACUUGCAUUGCAGAUUUAUCAUCAUUUGAUUUGAUUUGGCUGUUGGGAAAAUAUCAGAUAAAUACUGUCCACUGGAGUGAAUUUUGUACUAGUUUAUCAUAAUUUUAAAUUAGUUACUUAAGAUUAGAAUUUUCAUAAUGGUUUACAUAUUCACAAAUUAGGUAAAGUAACAGUGAAUAAGACAGGCAUACCCUACAGAUGAGAUUGGAGAGUGACCGAAAGAGGCCUGGAAGACGAACAGGAGUAGCAGAGCAGAGCCUUACCACCACCACUGCUUCUCCAUCCAAGAUACACCAGUGUUCCUACUGUGCUUACACAACCAAUGUUGCCACUAACUUAAAAAAUCACAUAAGGACUCACACUGGGGAGACACCCUUCAAAUGUAUGCAUUGCUCAUAUUCCUCAACUACAAAACAAAGCUUGAUAUACCAUGUUCGCACUCAUACUGGUGAAAAACCUUAUGCCUGUCCCCAUUGUUCAUAUCGCUGUACUCAGCUAGGCAGCAUGAAAAGUCAUAUGUUCAAACAUCAUGAAUGGGGCCCAGUUUCUCAAUAAAAAUUCUGUGGUGUGUAAUAGUGUUAUUAAGAUUAGCUUCAGGAUUCACUUUAUGUAGAUUUGUCAUAAUUGUAAAAUCCUAGAUUAUGAAUUACACAUGUUAAUACUGGAGGAGCAUAACAGAAAUAAAGGUGAUUUCUGGCA